ACAAGAACUGGCGGCCCGCAAUUUAGACACGACGGGGACCAAACCCAGGCUGUUGACUCGCCUGCUCGAGUCAUUGGAGUUCACUGCAGUGCGCGAGGACUUGGCCACUCAGGCAGCCGAGCAGAACCUACCCCAGGCAACUGCUGCUCCGUCCCUGAGGGACAUUAUCCGGGAGGAGGUCCGUGCUGCCCUUGGAAAUCAUGCCGCAGCUCCAGUCCCGCCGGCAGCUCACACAGCGGCACCCCCACCGCCAGCCCACGCAGCGGCACUCCCACGGCAAGCACCAGCAACUCCGCAGGACGCUCUGCCUGCUCCGCAUUUGGCGGCUGCCGUCUCACCGCCAAUGAACCCCGCAGGUACGGCGCUUCCGGACCCUCAACCCAACUGCCGACGCAGCGCCUACACCACCAGCGCAGUCCACCCUCCAUCAGUUGAUGACGCAGCCAUGGAGCUCAUCCGUCACGGCCUGGCAGACAGCUCCAGCGCGACGUACGCUUCAGUGCAGCGUUCCUACGAACGCUUUGCUGCCCUACGGCAGGUCGCGCCGUACCCGGUGACGGAGCCCAGCCUGAUUAACUUUCUGAACUGGAAAUUCUCGUCCGGCUCGUCUGGCUCGUCUCUGAAACUCUACACCCAGGCGCUGAGACAUCAGCACGUCCUGCAGGGCCUCUGCCUGGAUGUUUUCGCCUCACCGCGUGUCCGGCUGCUCCAGCAGGGGCGCUCAGAUCCCAGACGGCAGUCCGGAAAGUGCUAACGGCCGCAACUUUGGACGAUCUGGCCGGCGUACAGCACUACCUGCAGUCCACCGUGCCUAGCCCGCACAACCGCGCCAUGCUCUGGAGCGCCGUGACUCUGGCCUUCCACGGGCUGCUCAGAGUCAACGAGUACACCUUCACGGCACGGGGCGCCGGCCUUGAGUACAGCGAUGCGACCAUGUACCCAGACCGCGUGGAGCUGCGCCUGCGUGUGACAAAGACGAGCCAAUACGGCAGCGGCCAGGACAUCAGCGUCAGGAGGACAGGCUCGCCGACUU